AUGGCGCGCGAGGAGCAGGAGGCCGAGAGCAUCCGUGUGCAAUCAAACGAUCCUCCAAAACAAGAGGAUCAUGAUGCACCAAAUAAAGAAGAUGCCAAGCCAAACAGCAAAAAAGAGUUGAGCGAAGAAGACGAGCAGCUCAAGAGCGAGCUUGAAAUGCUUGUCGACCGACUCGGCGAGCCGGACAAAUCACUGUACGGUCCCGCACUGGAAGCGUUGCGGAAUCUGAUUCGCACAAGCACGUCGUCCAUGACCUCAGUGCCAAAGCCACUCAAGUUCCUCGGGCCGCACUAUGCACACCUCAAAGGACUGUACGAAGCGUGGGCCACUGCAGACGCCAACAAGGCCCUCUUUGCCGAGAUCCUUAGUGUCCUGGCUAUGAGCUGCACGGGCGCGGAUGCGCGCGAGACGCUUUUGUACCGCCUUUCGGCGAAUACGAUGCGCGGCGGCACGAGUUCCGAUCUGUUGGGCGACUGGGGCCAUGAGUAUGUCCGGCACCUUGCCGCGGAGCUUGGCGAUGAAUACUAUGCGCGCUCUGAGACAGAGCAAGACACUUCCGAGCUGCUGGAUCUUGCCAUGCUCAUUGUCCAGUUUAGUCUGCAGCACCACGCCGAAGUCGACGCUGUGGAUCUUGUCCUGGAGCUCGAAGCCGUCGAGCAGCUCCCGCAGUAUGUCGACAAGGACUCGUUUGAGCGCGUGUGCAACUAUUUGGUGAGCUGUGUCGAUCUUCUUGUCCCCCCCGACGAUGUGCUCUUCUUGCGCACUGCGCGCGAGAUUUACCGCAUGCAUCACCGCUACUAUGAGGCGCUCAUCCUCUCGAUCCGCCUUGCGGACCCCGCGCUGAUGCGCAUCGACUUUGCCUCGCCAUCCAACAUGGUGAUGCGCAAGCAGAUGGCAUUCCUGCUUGCCAAGCAGCAGAUCCCCCUCGAGUGGCUCCAGGAAGGCGGUGCGAUUGAGGAUCAGGAACUUUUGGACUGCCUCUCCAACACCCACCUCUCGUCCAACUUUAUCUACUUUGGCAAAGAGCUUGGCGUGUACGAGCCCAAGAGUUUGGACGAUGUGUACAAGACGCACCUUGAGGACAGCCGCGCCUCGCUCAUCUCGGUCGACUCUGCGCGCGGCAACCUCGCGAAUGUGUUUGUGAAUGCGUUUGUGAACCUUGGCUUUGGAAACGACCCGCUUGUCGUUGGCGCCGAGGACGGCGAGAGUUACGUGUACAAAACCAAGGAGCACGGAAUGCUUUCCGCCACGGCGAGUGCAGGCCUCAGCCUUUUGUGGGACACCGAGAUGGGCCUGAGCCACAUUGACAAGUACACCUACUCCUCCGACGAGCACGUAAAGGCCGGUGCCAUGCUUGCCUACGGGAUUCUCCACUCCAACGUGCGCACAGAGAUGGAUGCUGCGCUCGCGCUCCUCUCGGAGAAUCUAGAGAGCAAGAGUGCUCCGCUGCAAGUUUCUUCGGUGGUCGGUCUCGGCCUUGCGUAUGCAGGGUCGUGCCGCGAAGACCUCGCUGCGCUGCUCAUUCCCAUGGUGCAGGACGAGACGCUAUCGAUGGAAGUUGUCUCUCUCGCCACACUCUCCCUCGGCUUUAUCUUUGUCGGCACCGCGCACGGCGAGAUUGUGCCGAGUAUUUUGCAAGCAAUGAUGGAGCGCGAAGCGUCAGGCUUGGAGCAGAAAUGGACGCGCUUCAUGGCGCUUGGCCUUGCGCUCCUGUUUGUCGGGCAACAGGACAAUAGCGACGCGACGAUCGAGACGCUCAAGGCCAUCGAGCACCCCAUCUCCAAAGAAGUCCAGCUGCUCGUGGACGCGUGCAGCUACGCGGGUACGGGCAACGUGCUCAAGAUCCAAACGCUGUUGCAUCACUGUGCAGAGCACGUCACGGAAGAAGAAGAAUCCGUCUCGGAUCUGUACCAGGCCGUAUCCGUGCUCGGCAUUGCGCUUGUUGCCAUGGGCGAGGACGUGGGAGCAGAGAUGACCUUGCGCCACAUGUCUCACCUCAUGCAGUACGGCGAUCCAACCAUCCGCCGGACUGUGCCGCUCGCACUCGCGCUGCUCAACCCGUCCAACCCCGAAAUUCCCGUGCUAGACACACUGAGCAAACACUCGCACGACAGCGACGUCGACGUCGCCCUCAAUGCCAUCUUUGCCAUGGGCAUUGUCGGCGCUGGCACCAACAAUGCGCGCAUUGCACAGCGCCUGCGCCAGCUGGCGAGCUACUACUACAAAGAGCCCGACUGCCUCUUUAUUGUCCGUAUUGCUCAAGGCCUUGUCCAUAUGGGCAAAGGCACCGUCGGCGUCGAUCCCUACCACACCGACCGCCUCUUGUUUUCUCGCACCGCGCUCGCUGGUCUGCUGGCCACGCUGCUCUCGUUCACCGACGCACACGGCUUUGUUUUGGACCGCACCCACUGGAUGCUCUACUUCCUCGCCGCUGCCAUCCGCCCACGAUUUUUGAUCACGCUCGAUGAGACACUGGAAAAGCUGCCUGUCUCCGUGCGCGUCGGCAAAGCCGUCGAAGUCGUGGGCCAGGCCGGCAAGCCGCGCACCAUCUCUGGCUUCCAGACGCAUACCACGCCGGUGCGCCUGGCAAGCCACGAGCGUGGUGUGCUGGCCACCGAAGAGUAUCUUUCCUACACCCCCAUUAUGGAGUCCCUUGCCAUUUUGCGCAAGAACCCGGGGAACGAGACAGAUUCGUAG